CAUCAGAUUCCUUAAGCUGAGAAGGAAGACAGACGCCAGCAUGCCCAGACUGCCUCUGCUGCUGCUGCCGCUUCUCUGGGGCGUGGGGUCUCACAGCUUCCCAGCAGCGACUUCAGAAACACAAGAGCAAGAUGUGGAGACAGUGCAGGAAUACCUGGAAAACUACUACAACCUGAAGAGUGAUGGGAAACAAGUUGAAAGACAGAGAAACAGUGACCCAGUAGUUGAAAAACUAAAGCAAAUGCAAAAAUUCUUUGGGCUGAAGGUGACGGGGAAACCAGAUGCUGCAACCUUGAGUGUGAUGAAGCAGCCCAGAUGUGGGGUGCCUGACAUGGUUCAGUUUGUUCUCACUCAGGGGAACCCGCGAUGGGAGGACACACAUCUGACCUACAGGAUUGAAAACUACACACCAGAUCUGUCAAGAGCAGAUGUGGACCAUGCCAUUGAGAAAGCCUUUCAACUCUGGAGCAACAUCUCACCCUUAACCUUCACCAAGGUCUCUGAGGGUCAAGCAGACAUAAUGAUAUCCUUUGUCAGGGGAGAUCAUCAUGACAAUUCUCCCUUUGAUGGACCAGGUGGAAACCUUGCUCAUGCUUUUCAACCAGGCCCAGGUAUCAGAGGGGAUGUCCAUUUUGAUGAAGAUGAAAGGUGGACCAACAAUUUCAGAGAUUAUAACUUGUAUCGUGUGGCAGCUCAUGAAUUGGGCCAUUCCCUUGGACUUUCUCAUUCCACUGACAUUGGGGCUUUGAUGUACCCCAACUACAUCUUCAGUGGUGAUGUUCAGCUAUCUCAGGAUGACAUCAAUGGGAUCCAGGCCAUCUAUGGACCUUCCCAAAAUCCCACUCAGCCAAUUGGCCCACAAACCCCACAAGUGUGUGAUAGUAAGCUAACUUUUGAUGCUAUAACUACAAUCCGGGGAGAAGUGAUGUUCUUUAAAGACAGUAAGCUAACUUUUGAUGCUAUAACUACAAUCCGGGGAGAAGUGAUGUUCUUUAAAGACAGGUUCUACAUGCGCACAAAUCCCUUCUACCCAGGAGCUGAGCUCAAUUUCAUUUCUGUUUUCUGGCCCCAUCUGCCUAAUGGACUUCAGGCUGCUUAUGAGGUUGCCAAUAGAGAUGAAGUUCGGUUUUUCAAAGGUAAUAAGUACUGGGCUGUUAAGGGGCAAGAUGUGUUAUACGGAUACCCCAAGUACAUCUACAAAUCCUUUGGUUUCCCAAAGACUGUGAAGAACAUCGACGCUGCUGUUUCUGAGGAAGAUACUGGGAAAACGUACUUCUUUGUUGCUAACAAAUGCUGGAGGUAUGAUGAAUAUAAACGAUCCAUGGAUGCAGGUUAUCCCAAAAUGAUAGCAGAAGAUUUUCCUGGAAUUGGUAAUAAAGUUGAUGCUGUUUUCCAGAAAGACGGAUUUUUCUAUUUCUUCCAUGGAACAAGGCAAUACAAAUUUGAUACCAAAACUAAGAGAAUUUUGACUCUCCAAAAAGCUAAUAGCUGGUUCAACUGCAGAAAAAAUUGACCAGCUGUUAAAAAGUUAAACAGAAAAAUAUAUUUCAUGAGUCCAAGGAAGGUGUUUUCCUGAAGAGACAUAAAUUUAAAUAAAAUACAGAGUUAUGAAGUAUAAUCUUAUUUAUACCUCAUUCUGCAUAAUUUUUAUGACUUAGAAUGUAAUGUUUUAUGUACUGCUGUAAUUUAGUUCUACAAAUGAGGGCUAAGUAAGGUCAAAUUCAUGGCUCCACAGUUCAGUUCUCUGCAGGUGUGGAAGGAAGGGGUAGGCAGUCACAUUUGUAUAGUCCUGGCCAGUGGACUGUGCCCAGAAGUGACUGAUAUCGCUUCCAGAUGGAAUCUUUGGAUUGCUGGUGCAAAAUUCUCCAGCACUAUGAUGAUUGUAAAAGCACAUCUUGAGAGAAUUUCCACAAGGUUGAAGAAGGCUGAAUUCCUGGGCCAACACUCUGAACAGUUACUCCAAACCUCAGUAGAUUUUGCUUAAGAAAUAAACUUUUGGGCUUCCCUGGUGGCGCCGUGGUUGAGAGUCUGCUGCUGGUGCAGGGGACACGGGUUCGAGCCCUGGUCUGGGAGGAUCCCGCAUGCCGUGGAGCAACUAGGCCCGUGAGCCACAACUACUGAGCCGGCGCGUCUGGAGCCCGUGCUCCGCAACGAGAGAGGCCGCGAUAGUGAGAGGCCCGCGCACCGCGAUGAAGAGUGGCCCCCGCUUGCCACAACUAGAGAAAGCCCUCGCACAGAAAUAAAGACCCAACACAGCAAAAAUACAUAAAUAAAUUAAUAAACUCCUACCCCCAACAUCUUAAAAAAAAAAGAAAUAAAC